AUGGCGUCGCCAGAACCUUCGCGACAGCUACUAACACCGGAGUCUGCGAGACGGCCAAUGUCCCCAGAGCCUGAUGACAGCAGUCGGUUCAGUGUUCGUUCACCAUCGACACAGGCCCGAAGCUCCCGUUCUGGAAGGUCGCGAGCCAACUCUGCCGCGUCAACAUAUCAGACACAGGCAUCUUCUGUCCUGCCGGCUCUACAGACUAAAGGGGCCGGAAACGAUGACUUGUUGGAGCCACUAGUAGAGGAAGAGAUUGAGCCAGGAAGUUUCGACCUCGUCAUUCCAUCACACGGGGAUACAGGGAUAUACUCAUUGGAAGCUCGCUCAGAGCAGCUAUUUUCGAAAGAGCAUCUACAAGUCAUCUUUGGAGAUGCGGUUUUACUUCAACGGUUCACCAACUUCCUUUGCACAUCGCGGCCGAAGUCUAUCCCCUUGCUGGUCUACUAUCUAGACGCAACUAAAGCCCUCAAGGCGAUUAGCUACUCAAAUGCUAUUGUCGAGGCCUUGGAGCCACUUGAGGGACACGAGUUCAGCUCCACCGGAGCAGAUGCGACUUUGAACAAGUGUUUAAGGGACAAAGCAGAUGCAGCCUUUGAAGCCAUUGCCCGCGAUGAUCUCUCUGCUUACGUCACGCACACAUGGAUACAGACCGUGAGCGUCUCGAUGAAAAGACGUAUCACGGGCUCCAUGCCAGCGCAUCUUCGAGAUAUGUCCGAAGGUCUGGCGGAGGUCUUCUGCCUCACAGAUCCUUCUCGGCACGACAAUCCUAUUGUGUUUGCUUCAGAAGAAUUCCACAGGACAACGCAGUAUGGGAUGAACUAUGUUAUUGGGCGCAACUGUCGCUUUCUGCAAGGCCCCAAGACAAAUCCCUUCAGUGUUAAAAGAAUUCGCGACAGGCUUCUAGAGGGCAAGGAACACUACGAAACAUUCCUCAACUACCGUAGAGACGGGUCUCCGUUCAUGAACCUGCUGAUGUGCACACCGUUGAUGGAUUCCCGCGGCAAUGUGCGCUACUUCCUCGGAGCACAAGUCGACGUCUCCGGGCUCGCAAAGGACUGCUCGGGUCUCGAGUCACUUAAGCGCCUCGUUGAGAAAGACGAGGAGCCUCAUGUGAAGUCUAACGGCGAAACGGGUCCAAGUGACGGCAUCAAGAACGGGGAGCAGAACGGGGUAAACGGGGCGGAAGAAGGCGCAAAGGACGAGUUUGGCGAACUUGCCGAGAUGUUCAACCUUCAAGAACUGGAAACAGUCAGGAAGCACGGCGGCAGUCUGCACCGCUCCCAGCAGGAAGAGGUGCAGCACGCCGACGCCAAUGCCAACUGGCACAAGCCGCGUGUUCUCCUCCAAGAUGAGGCUUCGGUCACAGAGGACGAUGUUGCUCCGUCAGUGCGCAGUCUGCCCCUGAAUUCUGUGACGUCCGGCCGCCUCACUGGCAUCUACGAACACUACCUCCUCGUGCGGCCCCAUCCUAACCUACGUAUCCUGUUUGCUUCGCCUUCUCUACGCGUACCAGGAAUCCUGCAGUCACACUUGUUGUCCAAGAUCGGCGGGUCUACCCGUAUCCACGAUGAGUUGGCGCAGGCUCUCGCGGAAGGUCAAGGGGUCACGGCUAAAGCUCUUUACAUCGCUCGAGUAUAG